AUGCCUGGAUGUCCAACGUUGCCUCAUCGACUUGUCGCAAUCUGCGAUAUUUCUGCGGAUCCGGGAGGUUCAAUCGAGUUCAUGACAGAAUGCACUACAAUCGACAAGCCUUUCAUGAUCUAUGAUGCCGAUUUCCAUACUAGCAGUGACAGUUGGAUUAGAGACAUUCUUUGGAAGUUCCAUCCGAAGCUUAUUGAGAUCGCUGGUUUGUUACGUUCGAGAACAACUACGUCAGCAAUGUACAACAUCUAA